AUGCUCUACGUUACUCUUGCGUACGACUGGUUCCUGUUCGGUCACAAAUUGCGCACACGGAUGGAAAUGGGCGAAGAAAUACUGCGCUUCGCUUUCAGUUAUUUGGCUGAAGUAGCCGGCGACACCUCGUUGUCAGUUAGCGCGAAGAGACCAAGAAGAAUGUCCGCAAGAAUCGGUCCUGGUGGACUGUCCAUGGCUAUCCCAUCCAUCUGUCGCUAUCCUUGUUUGAUUACAUGA